AAUUCCGUGUGAAUAAGGUGCAAUAACUCCUCCACACCAAACAGCGGCCAUGUUAUAAAUAAACAAAACAGUUAGCGGCGCGUGGUCGGCGAUGUGACGUCAUUACUGUGCGACGAGAAUUUCACACCGAAGACGCGAUGGAGUCCGAGACAAAGAAGGUUAUCAAGUUGGUCCCUGAGAACCUUCUUAAGAAAAGAAAAGCAUAUCAGGCGAUUAAAGCGACUCAGGCUAAGCUCGCUUUGCUUCAGAAAAGAAAGACAAAUAAAGGACAGUUGAAAUUCACACGUCUGGAGGAGUUCCAUAAGAACAGCAAGAGGAAACACAGAGAUGAAGUGCGUUUGGCACGAAACCGACACAGACCACCACCUCCUCUCCCUCUAGCCAAGAACAGCCUGGUGUUUGCUGUCCGAAUUCGACAGAUUAAAGGCAUCAGUCCGAAAGUGAGGAAGAUCAUCCACAUGUUAAGACUGCGUAAAAUCUUCAGCGGAACUUUUAUUAAAGUCAGUAAGACCUCCAUGAACAUGCUGCAAGUGGUCGAGCCCUACGUCGCCUGGGGAUUUCCUAAUCUGAAGUCAGUUCGUGAUCUCAUCUUGAAAAGAGGCCAGGGAAAGGUUGAUAAGAGAAAGAUUCCUCUUACAGACAACGUCGUCAUCGAGAAGCAUCUAGGUCAGUAUGGAAUUAUCUGUUUGGAGGAUCUCAUCCAUGAGAUCUACUCUACUGGAAAGAACUUCAAAGUGGUGAACAGAUUCCUCUGGCCGUUCUGUUUGUCUGUUCCUCGACACGCGGCCAGAGACAAAGUUGGACUUCUGAAAGAGAUGGGUGAGCCUGGACCUCGAGCCGAAGACAUCAACAGAGUGAUCAGGACCUUUAACUGAGCCUCUUCUACUGGAGCUCAGACAAACUGGACUGUUUUGCGGAGAGUCGUUGGCUUUCCUGUCUUUACUUUUUCUCAUUCUGAUGUGAGAUUGGAUGUGCUUUCAGAUUGUCUUUACAAGAAUGGAUCAGAUCAGAUUUCAUCAUCACCAGCGUAAUGAAUGAAGUUGAAAUGUUGCGUCUCUUGGACCAGGUUCUUUAACUCUGUGCAGCAGUUUAUAUUAAAACUAAUGUGGUUUAUUACAAAAACUAA